CACGCGUUUGCCUUUGUCCUAUGACCUCCCUGGAAAAAAAAAGUAGCAACAGUGCGCCCAUGCAGAUAGUUUUUGUGCUUGUGGAAUACGCCCCCCUCCCUUGGUGUAGUGUUUGCUGCUCUGAGUCUCAGAGGUGGUGGUGGUGUGUAUGUGUGUGUGCAGUCUUGAGGGAUGGGGGGUUAGAGCGUGCACAGUCCAACUACCUGUGUGGCCCCGCACGAGGACAGUGAGGGAUGUGUGUGAUGCUGUCUACUGGGAGUUCUCAUUUAAUUGAAUUUACAACUUAAAACAUCCACAACAGCAAUGUUUCCUCUGCAGUUUAUUGGACGUCAUGCCAACUUUGCGACAUUUUAUUGACAACGUAACAAGAAGGCAUUGCACGUGCCAACUCUCUCCUAGGAAGAUGUCUUUGUGAAAAAGCCUUGACUCGUCACACUCGCCCGGGAUUCCCCACAAUAUUUUCAGCUGCAGAAAAAAAACUGAAAAAUAACCAGCAACAAUGGACAAAGAAACUAUUGCUACUGACUAUGAACCUGUCGCCGAGAUAGGCGAGGGCGCUUACGGGAAAGUGUAUAAAGCGAGAGAUUUGAAGAACGGGGGACGCUUUGUAGCCUUAAAGAGAGUUCGGGUCCAAACAGAAGAAGAAGGAAUGCCUCUCUCUACCAUUCGGGAGGUGGCGGUACUGAGGCAGCUCGAGGCGUUCGAGCACCCCAAUGUUGUCAGGUUGUUUGAUGUGUGCACAGUUUCUCGGACCGACCGCGAGACUAAACUCACGCUGGUCUUUGAGCAUGUGGACCAGGACCUCACCACCUACCUGGAGAAGGCCCCUGACCCUGGCGUCCCUUCUGAAACCAUCAAGGACAUGAUGUACCAGCUGCUCCAGGGACUGGACUUCCUCCACUCGCACCGCGUGGUCCACCGAGACCUGAAGCCCCAGAACAUCCUAGUCACCAGUGGGGGACAGAUCAAACUGGCUGACUUCGGCCUGGCGCGCAUCUACAGCUUCCAGAUGGCCCUCACCUCUGUGGUUGUGACACUGUGGUACCGGGCUCCAGAGGUGCUGCUCCAGUCCAGCUACGCCACGCCGGUGGACCUGUGGAGCGUCGGCUGCAUCUUCGCCGAGAUGUUCAGGAGAAGACCCCUGUUUCGUGGUAAUUCUGACGUUGAUCAACUGGGCAAGAUAUUCGAUGUUGUCGGCGUGCCUUCAGUAGAAGACUGGCCCCAGGAUGUAGCACUGCCACAGACUGCCUUCACACCCCGACCCCCUAAGCCAAUAGAAGACCUGGUCCCAGACAUGGAUGAGCAGGGCAAGUCCCUCCUAUUGCAAUUCCUGGCCUUCAACCCGGCCAGGAGGAUUUCUGCGUUCGCCGCCCUCAGCCACCCAUACUUCCACAGCGUGGACAGCCUCAGCAGGAGUAUGUACGCCGCCCCGCCCAUCCCCAGCAACAAGCCCACCAUGGAGGAGAGGGUGGCCUGACGGGAGGGGGGGAGGAGUCGGAGGGGGACGCCCUGUUUAUAACCCCCGCCCCUUCCAAACACGCCCCUUUAUCUCCAACCUGCCCUCCCUGGUUGAAGAAGGCCUCGAAGAAGAUGCCUCGAAAAGAUAAAGGGAGAGAGUGCUAAAAGGGAGAGACGGGAGAACGUGGAAGAGAGUUAAAGAAAGAGAGAGAGAAAAUGAAAGACAUUGUCCCUCCCUGCC